GUCGUCAAAAGCUGCUGCUUUUGCUGGUGAUGGACAGUGUCCCAGGGGGCUAUGACCUGGGGACAAAAGGCAUGGGCGCGCGCAAGUGUCGAGUAGAGAAUGAGAGUUGGUCGCGUAGGGGAGAGGCGCGACGGGGUGCGGGAGAUAGGUUGUGGAUUGAAAGGAGAAGAAGGCAAGAGUGAAGAGUGAAGAGUGGGGAAUUGAGAAGAGCGUCAAAGAGACCAAGUGGAUGAGAAUGACGCUCUGUUGGGAGUUGUCGAGGACGAUGCGCGCGAUGUGGGGCGCGAAGGAGGCGGGGGGGGCCCGGGGGGAAAAGGAGGGGGAAGGGAGGGCAGGGGUUCUCGUGGUCUUUGCGCUGAAUGUAUCGAUCUUGACGAUCCUUGAGGACCUCAGCGAGCCUGGUCCGGGCGACACCGGCGACGAGGGGCGCAAAGCAGCCGGCAAGAUGCGGCCGGUUGCGUUAGUCGGGGUGUGCGUAAGAAGAUCGUGUGGGUCGAGUGGCGCGAAUGGGACACUGCGGCGAGGACGACGACGACGACGACGACAAGGACGCGCGGGAGAACGCGAAGAGUGUCGGAAUCGCAGGUCGCACGGAGAGUGGACGUGUGUGUGUGUACUAGGGGAAGUAAGACUCUGGUCGGGCGCAAGUGGAUGGAAUGUAGCGUGUAGGCGGUGGUUUGCGGAGCCUGUUCACGGUUCGCGGUCGCGGUUCGCGCUAGUCGGGCUUGGAGGAUGGUUUAGAGGUUGGCGAGUUCGCGGAGACGGGAUAGGUGUUAUGUGCUAACCGAGGAUGGAUGAGGCGAGGCAGCGAGUCGUGGGAGAGAGGGAGUUGAAGGGCGGAUGGACGCGAAGGCGCGUGCGGAUGUGGGGAGGGGCGUGUGGGGGGGUGCACAGGCUGUAGGCUGAAGGCUGGAGGCUGAAGGCUGAAGGCUGAAGGCUGCAAGGAGGCUUUAUGAAGAUGGAGGAUGGUUGCGACGAGUAAAGAGAAAAGAGAGAAAGAGAGAAAGAGAGAAAGAGGACGAGGACGAGGACGAGAGUGGCCAAACACAAUCUCCUCGUCUACUACGAUGGGGCGAUAGGAUAAGUGGGGGGGAUU